CCGAACUAAACUGUUGGAACUGCAAUAAUUACACAUCAACAGCUCGCAGCUCGAGUCGCUCUUUGGUUUUUUUUAAUACAGAGCCGUCGAAUUUUGUGCGUUUCUCGUGCCUGUGGGACAAGAGUUUGUGCCGAGUUUGUGCUGCUGGAAGUCUGGAAACGAUUUCAUUCCGUGUGGAUAGUGGUGCUGCAGCGGUCAUAGCCCCAGAUCCGGUGUAGAUUGUGAGACAAACCUGACUGUGGGAAACGGAGUAACGGUAGCAAUCAUGAGCAUACCGAACCAGUAUCUGGAGAAAACGGAGGAUAUCGCUGACCAGGUGAUUCGCAAAGGUAAACACAUCCUGCCACACGUCGCCCGGCUCUGUCUGAUAGCGACCUUCCUCGAGGAUGGCAUCCGAAUGUGGGUCCAGUGGAACGAACAGCGCGAAUACAUGGACAUGAGCUGGGGCUGCGGAAAGUUUCUAGCGACGACCUUCGUGCUGGUGAAUCUGAUCGGCCAGAUCGGCGGCUGCGUGAUGGUACUGGCCCGGCUAAAGGUCAGCAUCGCGUGUGGGAUCCUUUUCUUCAUCGUUGUGUUGCAGACAAUCGCCUAUUCCAUCCUGUGGGACAUUCAAUUUUUGCUGCGCAACCUUGCACUCAUCGGUGCCCUCCUGCUGGUCCUGGCGGAGUCCCGCGGUGAAGCUCGCAGCCUCUUCGCCGGUGUGCCCUCGCUCGGAGAGAACAAGCCGAAGAACUUCAUGCAGCUGGCCGGUCGCAUCCUGCUUGCGUUCAUGUUCAUCACGCUGAUCCGCUUCGAGUUGAGCUUCCUCCAGGUGCUGCAGGACAUCCUGGGAUCGAUCCUGAUGGUCCUGGUGACGGUCGGCUACAAGACGAAACUGUCGGCACUGAUUCUGGUCGUGCUGCUGACCGUACUGAAUCUGUACCACAACGCCUGGUGGACCAUUCCAGCUUACAAACCGUUGAGGGACUUCCUGAAGUACGACUUCUUCCAAACGCUCUCGGUCAUUGGGGGACUGCUGAUGAUCGUCUCGCUCGGCCCGGGUGGAGUUUCGAUGGACGAGCAUAAAAAGAAGUGGUAAACCAACCAACCGGUGGGGGGGGGGGGGCCAAAAUAGGUAUGAUAUUGUUCAUCGCGCCAUGGGACGGUUUGUGGAUAAGGGCAAGAGAGAGAGAGUGAAAUAGGGAAGGAGAGGGACAUGCGAGCGAACGGAGCGAAUACUUUGAUUCUAUAGGAUUUUUAAAUAUAAAAUACUUUUAAAACUUUCGACUUGUCACAAGGCGGAGCCUUUGAGGAUCCCGAUUUACCAGACAACCCGGAGCAGGAGUUUGCACAACAAAUUUCAGAAAGAAAAGACUUCAAUUAAUGAUGAACAGAACAACACAAACACUACCAUCGCUAGAAAAGCGCUCAGAAUAGUUAAGACGUCAGACUACUCCCCGACUGUUUUGUGUUUAGUAUUUUUUUUCUGUUAAUAUAAAUGCAGUUUUACGAGGAUAGUAAAAUCAUUCAAGGACAUGAUAUUCACACAGGGAAAGAGAAACCGCGAGUUUCUGCAUGCUGCUAAUGGACUGGAGUUGUGGAAAAUACGUGAACAAAAAUCCAAGCAACAAUUAACGAUUAAGCGAAAGGGAAAAAAAGUAUGUUAACUAAAUAAUAAAACCAGAAACUGAUUAGAUUUUUAACUGUGACCGAAUCAAACGAUUGUUCUCACUUGAAAUCUGGUUUCGACUUGUGUCCUCUCUCGAAUCGCAGGAAAAAAAAAGUGGUAUCAAACACAUUCGUACAACAACUUUUGCUUCGUUCUGCUGUUUCGGAAUACUGAAAUUAUCUGGGAGAAGAAUGCGCGUGUGAAACACAAAUAUUUACAAUUUCUGUAUACUUACGAUUUUUUAUCCAUAGUGCAUAAAGAUUGUUACACUCUACCGAAGCCUACUACUGUAACGGGCUUUUGUACAUGAGGAGGUCCUAAUCAUACGGAAAAAAUUUACAGAAUAUCAAUAAAAAAAAAUUGUACAUUGCUACAUACAUUACA